AAUGGAUUAUUAUUACAGCAUCGUGUCGCCGCCCUGCCAGAGCGCAAUGCUGGUGGCAAAGAAAUUGGGAAUCACCCUGAAUCUAAAGAAAAUCGACGUGCACGAUCCGGUGGAACAAGAGGCCCUUAGGAAGCUCAACCCACAAGCCACCAUCCCCACGCUCGUUGACAACGGACAUGUUGUAUGGGAGUCGUACGCAAUCGUCAUCUAUCUGGUGGAAAAGUACGGUAAAGAUGACACCCUCUACCCGAAGGACCCUAAGGUGCGCUCUGUGGUCAACCAGCGGCUGUUCUUCGACAUCGGUACGCUGUAUAAGAACCUCAUCGCUGUUAUCUCGCUCGUGAUCAAGAAGGAGCAACCGUCCGACGAGCAGAUGGAGAAGCUGAAGAAAGCGAUCGAUCUGCUGGAAGGAUUCCUUACCGAGCGGUCGUACGCAGCCGCCGACCAUCUAACUGUGGCGGACAUUUGUCUUCUCGGAACGGUGACGGGACUUAAUUGGCUUAGACAUGAUCUUGAGCCCUAUCCGCAUAUUAGAGCGUGGGUUUCCCGUGUGACGGCCGAGAUCCCCGACUACGCCGAGUUUCGCAAGGAUUUGGACGAAGGUACCAAGGCAUACAUUGCCAGCCGAAAGUGAACAGGCUUUCUCUAAGCAAGUGCAAGUGUCCGGGAUGCAAUCUCGUAUGUGGAUUGUAGUGUAUUCAAAUGUAUUUUAUUAUCAUGCCCUCGACUGAGAAAAAAAAACAUGUUUGGUAUUAACAACAACGGUUUGAAACGGUCAAAUUGUGCUAAUAACGUUGUGUAUUUUAAUCUUAUAUAUUGCAGUUGAACAAUAAACGUAUCUUAACUGUU